GAUUGUGUGGUUAACGUUUCUUCCUCUCUCACAGUCUGGAUAAUGGCGCAAACUGUGAAGAAAAAGGGAAUAUUGGAUCGCUUGGAUGCAGGCGAGGUUGUCAUUGGAGACGGGGGCUAUGUCAUGGCUCUUGAGAGGAGAGGCUACGUAAAGGCUGGACACUGGACGCCAGAGGCUGCAGUUGAACAUCCAGAGGCAGUUCGACAGCUCCACAGAGAAUUCCUGAGGGCAGGGGCCAACGUCAUGGAGACCUUCACCUUCUACUCCAGCGAUGAGAAACUCAACAUUUGUGGCAGCGUUGUGAACAUCACCGGACAGCAAAUCAAUGAGGCUGCUUGUGACAUCGCCAGAGAAGUGGCCAAUGAGGGGGAUGCCUUGGUUGCAGGCGCAGUCUCGCAGACUCCCUGCUAUGUGAGCAAUAAGAAUGAAAAUGAAGUGAAGGCCAUCGUCAAGAAGCAGAUGGAUGUUUUUAUUAAGAAGAAUGUGGACUUUCUGAUUGCUGAAUUCUUUGAGCAUGUGGAGGAGGCUGAGUGGGCUGUUCAGGUAUUGAAGACUUCUGGGAAGCCAGUGGCGGCCACGCUGUGCAUAGCGCCACAGGGAGACAGGAAUGGAGUCCCUCCUGGAGACUGUGCUGUCGGACUGGUCAAAGCUGGUGCCCAGAUCGUUGGGGUCAACUGCCAUUUGGACCCCACGUGUGCUGUGAAGACCGUGAAGCUCAUGAAGGAGGGCUUGGAGGCAGCCAAUCUGAAAGCUCACCUGAUGAUCCAACCCCUUGGCUUCCAUACCCCAGAAUGUAAUCACCGAGGGUACAUUAGCCUCCCAGAAUUCCCCUUUGCAUUGGAAGCGAGAGCUAUGAAUAGAUGGGACAUGCAAAAAUAUGCCAGGGAAGCGUACAAUGCUGGAAUUCGCUAUAUUGGUGGCUGCUGUGGGUUCGAGCCCUACCACAUCCGUGCUCUGGCAGAGGAGCUGGCACCUGAGAGGGGCUUUUUGCCCCCUGCUUCAGAGAAGCACGGAAUGUGGGGUAGUGCCCUGGCAAGUCACCAUAAGCCCUGGAUCAAUGCGAGGGCUACCCGUGACUACUGGGAGAACCUGCGACCUGCUUCAGGGCGGCCAUUGUGUCCCUCCAUGGCAAUCCCUGCUGAGUGAUGACUCGCUGUGAAAUUCCUAUUAAAUGUGUGAAUAUGUUAAUCGCUUCAUUUGUUUCCUAACAUGCACACAUUCAGGUUUUAAAAAUGGUUUCUGUUUUUAAUUAAGUAUGGAAAUACUUUGUCUAAGAUAAUAAGCUAAGUGUGAUGUAACAUGCAAAAAGACAUAACAUGUUCACAUUGUUUUGGAAAUUGACACUGUCUAAUGUGAUUAACUCAUUCAUUCCUGUGUAUUUGUGAAUUCUGUCUACUUUACUCACUAGAGAUUUGAAGUUAUCAUAUUCAUGAGACAGUAGAUAUCACAAAAGUACAAAUUCUUACCCUAAAAUAGCAGCAUGUGUUAACUUGAUUUAAUGGCAUUGCUUAUUUGAAGUUAUUUGUGCCUCACAAAUGAAGUUAAUGGCCAGAUGUGUAAAAAGUAAGAUCAUGAGUUGGUAUUUUGGACAAUCAUGUUCUGGUAUUGUUGUCUACAACACAGGACUGUGCAAAUAGUGUUGAUAGCACUGACAACAUGUGCCAUCUCGUGGCCAAAAUGACAACAAUCAG